AUAUCUGUGGUUCGAUUCAGCAUUGUCAAUAAAUGAAAAAAUCUACCGGCAAAAAUAAACAAAAUUUAUAUGAAAAUUCACGGAACCCACAACUUCUAUUAAGAUAUCUAGAUUGAGCGUGUUCUGUUAAAAUUCUAAGAGUAAUUUUAUCAUAAAAUGGCCACGAAAAAGCCCAAAGCCGAAUUGGUGGCUAUUUGUAAACUUGAAUUCUACAGGAAACAGAAAAACUGGAAGUUUUGCUCCCAGGAUCGUAAAGCGAAGGAUUCUAAGAGACGUACUAAAAGUACCAAUGCAAAACUCAACAAGACCUACAACAUUACACCGGCACCCAAGAAACCAGAAGUGGAACCAGACCCAGGAGCACCAGAACCUGUGAAGCCCGAGAAACAGCAAAACCUGGAUGAAGCGUUUGUGGAGGCGGAGACCGGGACAGCCUCGGAGUCGGACGAGCCGGUGGUGGAAGGGCAGGAUAUCUUGAAAGAUGUCCUUGAGACUGAGACAGGAAAGCCUUCGCCUCAAUCGGAGCCCCCCUGGAGCCUCUAUUCGCCGCGCUGGUCCAUCCAGCGCUGGGCGGAGCGCCACCGCCUCUGGAACCCUGAACCCACCCAAGAUCCACCGUGCCCCACUUUUGAUCCACCGUGCCCCACUUUUGAUCCACCGUGCCCCACGUUUGAUCCACCUUGCCCCACUCGCGAUUGCCUCACACACGAUCCGAUAUACCCUUUACAAAAUCAAGACAUGAACUCUCCAACAUACCCUCAACAACUCGCUCAAGAUACCAACUGUCCUAUCUUUGAUAACAACUACAAUAGAAUACAGCAGGACUUAUACUCGAAUCAAAACUUUCACUACCCCACUUAUGAUUCAAAUUACCCCACAUACACAAAACAUACAGAAUUCGAUCCAAAAUAUGCAAGCGUGUUUUUCUACAACUCGUGCUACCAAGACUUGGAUGUGCCCCAUAGAGGGCACAGUGAGGGGUGUGUACCCCCCCACGUGGGGAGUGAGGGGGGGGAGUGGUGCGCGGGGGAGGGGGCGGCGUGGGACGAGCCCGAGUGGGCGGCAGAGGCGGCGGCUUGGGGCGUGUGCGGGGCGGGCGGGGAGGACGCCACGGACGGCGAGCGGCGCCGCGACCUGAGCUCGGUGUCUCGCUGUGACAGCCUGCCUUCGGUGGCGAGCAGCGAAUUCAUUCGCGGCGCUGCGCUCGCGCCGCAUUCUACCCAGAUCGACCUGCUGCUCGGGCCGGAGCCAGCCACCGCAUUAACAGGCCCCGCGCUGGCCGCGGCCGUGGCCAGACACACUGCUGCCCUGCGCGAGCUGCUGCACGAGACACACCGCCGGCAACAGAUAUCCUCAAAACAAGCGCCGAGCUACGAUGAGAUCCCGGUGCGCGACCCCGGGUCCUCGCAGCACCACCCUCCCCUUCGCUUCACCGACCCUAGCGUGUCCGGGUCGUUCCGGAACACCCCGGACUUGCAGGGGCAGACGGGGCACGCUGGACAGGGGCAAAAUGAUGUGGGCCGCGGGCGCGGGCGGCUCCGGGUGGGGAUCCGGAUGGGCCGCCCCUACAGAUUGUGA